AUGUCCGCCACCACUACUUCAGCUCAAAUCCUCCGCUACACUGCCGCUUUCCUCUCCGAAACACUCUCUCAAUCCCACCUCCGCCACCAUAUCUACACCACCUUCCUCCAAAAACUCUCUUCUUCCGAUCAAACAACCCUCAAACAGCUCAAGUUUACCUCUGAAACUCUAGAAAAUUCCUUCUCCACCCCUAGCUCCUCUAUUCGCUCCUCCUCUCUCCGCCUCGCUGAAGAACUCCUCUGUAAAUCUGAAAACCCAUUUGCUUCAUUUCUUUUAUCCUUGGCUUAUUCAAAUUGCCGUCGUCCCAUUGAUGCAUCCAUCUGUCUUCUUGAUCUUUUUUAUGCAGACCCUUCAUUGGCUAGAGUAGAAAUUGCACCCUUUCUGUUCGAAGAAUUGUUUCUGAUUCAUUUUCUUCCUAUACUAGAAUGGUACAACGACCAAAGAAACAAAAUUCUGUCUUCUUUAUCGCUGAAUUCAGAUUACAAUAGUGAUGACUAUUCAAUUGUUUCAAAUACGACAGUAUUGUCAAAAAUGAGUGGGGAUCAAGCAACAUCUCUGAAGGAUCUGGAGAGUGAUUAUGAAGAUUUACUGGAUGAAAAUUGCAGGAAUUUUGUUGGAUUUUUUAAAGAGGUUUUGCGAAACAGAGAUGGAGGCCAAUUGAUUGUUCCACCUUCAGUAGUGUUGCAAAAGAGUAAAAGUGGUGAUAAAUUUGAUCGUCGUGAGGAAAAGAAGAUUACAACACAGAAAUUCGGAUCAAGGAACGGGCGGUAUAAUCCAAUGUGGACUGAAGGAGAUGUAUCAAUUGAAUUUAAUAGCAAUGGGGUGAGAAACCUAUCAAAGUUUCCAUCCUUGAUUCCUGAAAGAGUCUCUCCGAAAAUCUUCAUAGAUGAAAGAUCCUCAAAAAUAUCUGAAACAGCGUCCAUUCAUCGCUUGGAGACCACACUCGAGUCUUGUACCUAUGACAACUUGAAUAAUUAUUCUUCUUCGGAUUCUGAGGCUGAACAAGAGGAAAAGAUCCAAAAAACAGCAUCAUUUGACACCAGACAAAGUCAAUCCAAGAAACAAAAGCAAUUCUUUUUGGCGGAAUCCAGCCGUUCUCCAGAUCAUCUCAUGGAAGACUAUGAUAACCAGGCCGGGGAAGGAAAGCUCACACCCCCAAAGGAUUUUGUCUGCCCUAUAACAACACACAUAUUUGAUGAUCCUGUAACUCUUGAGACAGGUCAGACUUAUGAACGAAAAGCAAUUCAAGAAUGGAUUGACAGGGGAAAUUCGACAUGUCCCAUUACACGCCAGAAGCUGCAUGGCACACAACUGCCUAAAACGAAUUAUGUACUUAAACGUCUGAUUGCAAGCUGGAAAGAACAGAGCCCCAGUUCAGAUAUUGCUAAAUCCGAGGUCGUGAAACCAGUUAAUGAACCUAAAUUCAAAUCGGCAAUUCGUUCAGCUUCUCCUAAUAGUGUCAUAGGCCAAGCCACCACAGACGGCACCAUGAGUGAGUUGAGACUUGCAAUCACUGAAUUAUGUACAUCAGAAAUUUUGAGGGAAUCAGAACUGGCAGUCCUCAAAAUUGAGCGGUUUUGGCAAGAAGCCAAUAUGGAGAUGGAAAUGCAAUCCUUGCUCUCGAAACCUCCUGUUAUUAAUGGUUUUGUCGAGAUACUGUUCAAUUCAGUGGAUCCUCGAGUACUGGGAGCAACUGUUCUUCUCCUAUCUGACCUUGGAUCAAGAGAUGACAGUGUUAUCCAGACACUUACUAGGGUUGAUUCGGAUGUUGGAUGCAUUGUUGCACUAUUUAAGAAAGGGUUAAUGGAAGCUGUUGCGUUGAUUUAUCUAUUAAAACCUUCUUCUAUAAGUCUCAUAGAAAUGGAAAUGGUGGAUUCCCUUAUAGGAAUGCUUAGUAGCAUAAAAAAUACUGAGUUUCCCAAGAUGUUUAUAAAGCCAGAAAAAGCUUCAGUGAUUCUACUAGGACAGAUUCUUCGAAGUUCCGACGAAGCAAGUAUAUCCAAAAUUGUUAGAACCAUUCUUUCAACAAAAGCAAUUGAGAAUAUCAUAGUUAGCUUGGAAGCUGAAGGGGUGGAGGAAAGGAUUGCUGCUGUAGGUAUCUUAUUGAGAUGCAUACUGGAGAAUGGAAGGUGCAGGAACAUUAUAGCUGAAAAAGCCGAACUAACCCGACUCUUGGAGAGUUUUAUGCUGGUAAAUGAUGUCGAACGAUUUGAAAUAGUUCACUUUCUGUCUGAACUAGUCAAAUUGAACAGAAGAAACAUCAAUGAGCAAAUUUUGCACAUCUUGAAGGAUGAAGGUACUUUUAGUACAAUGCAUACCCUUCUUACAUACCUACAAAAUGCUCUCCAGGAUCAGUGCCCUAUUGUGGCUGGUUUGCUUCUGCAACUUGAUCUGCUAGAGGAACCAAGAAAAAUGAGUAUAUACCGAGAAGAGGCCAUAGAUACUCUUAUUUCAUGCCUAAAAAAUUCAGAGGACCCUGUUGCUCAAAUUGCUGCUGCAGAGACAGUUUUAUCCCUACAAGGAAGGUUCUCUUAUUCAGGGAAAUCCCUUGCCAGGGCCAUUCUCCUGAAACGUGCAGGACUUGACAGAAGUUAUAAAACGUUUAUGCAGAAGGAUCAGCGUCACCAGAAAAUAUUUGAUGAAACUCAAGAAACCAUGGAGGAAGAGCAAGCUGCUGAGUGGGAAAGAAAAGUGGCAUUUGUUCUUGUCAGCCAUGAAUUUGGACUACUGUUUGAGGCUUUGGCUGAAGGCCUAAAAAGUAGAUAUGCAGAGCUACAAUCAGUAUGCUUCAUGUCCGCCACUUGGCUCAUAUACAUGCUCUCUGUUCUUCCAGACACGGGGAUACGAGGAGCAGCACGUGUAUGUUUGCUCAAGCAUUUUGUUUCAAUUUUCAAAUCCGAGAAGAACACUGAUGACAGAGCACUCUCCAUGCUUGCACUGAACAGCUUUGUCCGUGACCCUGACGGAUUGCAAGAUCUUACUGUCCACAUGAAGGAUAUUUUAAAAGGUUUGAGAGAGUUGAAGAAAUCCUCUGUCUUGGCCUUUGAGAUGCUACAAGUCUUCUCCGAAGAGCAUGACAACAGUUCAGAUCUUUGGAAUCACAAAGAAUUAGCUCAAGAAGAUUGCAGCAUCAAUGGCGAAGUUCUUUCAAUUGCUUGCUUCAAAGGCAAAAUUUUCUCGGGCCACUCAGAUGGAAUAAUAAAGGUCUGGACUUGUAAAGGUACCUUACUACAACUCGUCCAAGAAAUUCAAGAACACAGCAAGCCUGUCACCAGCUUAGUAAUGCUGUAUUCAACAGGGAAGCUAUACAGUGGUUCCCUUGAUAAGACUGUGAGGGUUUGGUCAAUUACGGAGGAAGGCAUUCAUUGUGAACAAGUUCAGGAGACGAAGGAUCACAUCAACAGCCUUGUAGUUUCAAAUAACAUUGCUUGCUAUAUCCCACAAGGAGUUGGCAUCAAAGUACACUCAUGGAAUGGAUCCUCCAAAUUAAUAAAUCAGAACAAGUAUGUCAAGUGUUUGGCUCUCGUACAUGGAAAACUAUAUUGCGGGUGCCAUGACAAUAGCAUUCAGGAAAUCGAUUUAGUCAGCGGAACUAUAGGAAAUAUUCAGAUUGGCGCCAAGAAAUUACUUGGGAAAGCAUAUCCUAUCUAUUCACUGCAAGUUCAAGAUGGACUGAUAUAUUCAGCUGGUCCUUCUCUUGAUGGAGCAAAUGUUAAGAUUUGGAGCACUUCGAAUUACAAUAAGGUCGGAUCACUGCCGUCAACCUUGGAAGUUCGAGAAAUGGUUGUGAGCUCGGAACUAAUAUAUUUGGGAUGUAAGAGUGGUAUAGUGGAAGUUUGGUGCAAAAAGAAGCAAACUAGAGUAGAAACACUUCAAAUUAAUACCAACAGCAAAAUUCUUUGCAUGGCUCUUGAUAACGAUAAAGAUAUUUUAGUUAUCGGGACAUCUGAUGGAAGAAUUCAGGCAUGGGAGCUAAGCUGA